AACCCGCGGAGAGGCCGAGAGACGGGCAGCACAAAGGAAGGGCGCAUUCACGUCGUUUAGGAGGGAGACAAUUAGGUGCAUGAUGUAAACAUGGAAUAAAAAUCGCAAGGCGGCAUUCCCCCCAUCACACUCCUCCAUUAAUGCCGUUUAAUAAUACAUGAGGUAUUAGCCAGCAGUUACGCGCCUGUCUGUUAAAGGGAAGGCGCGCAGUGAGUACGAAUUAAAUCCCAGAGUGUGGGAGAGCAGAGAGGAGUUCAGCUUUGUUUUAUCCUCGCUUCGGGGGAUUCUGGAGUUGCUUCUGGGUUUGGGAUGUGAUGUUGGGUUUUUCGGACUGACCACAUCAGAUUUUCUGCGCUUCCUUUCAUCUGCUUUGGGAUUGGAUGAUGACAAAGAGGGAACAAUAUGUUGCAUUUCAGAGGCAGAUGCAUCUCCAUGGGUGAGGCCUGCUGAUCCAGAAAUCCAUACAGAUCCUCUUCUGGCCUGUCCUCUUCUUUCAUCAGACUCUGCCCCCCCUCCACUUCGAUCACCAUGACCUCCACCAGCAAGCUGCUGGGUUUGGCUGAGGUGGGGCUGAAGUGUGACCAGGAGAUCGAGAGGAGAUAUGAGAUAGUGCCCUCCGUGGUCUGCUCCAUGUGUUGCCUCUUUGGAAUCAUCUACUGCUUCUUUGGUUAUCGAUGCUUCAAGGCCGUGCUGUUCCUCACUGGCCUGAUGUUUGGCUCUGUGGUCAUCUUCAUGCUGUGCUACAAAGAGAGAGUGAUGGACACCCAGCUGAGUGUGGAGGCAUCUGUGGGCAUCGGCCUUGGCAUUGGGACCCUGUGUGGCCUGGUGACCAUGUUGGUCCGUAGUGUGGGACUGUUUAUGGUGGGUCUGCUGUUGGGCCUGCUGGCUGGAAUUGCAUCCUUAGUGGUCAUGGAGGAGUUCUAUCAUCCCAAAACUGUGUGGGUUCCUGUGGGUAUCCUCCUGGGCUCUGGAACUUUGUUUGCUGUUCUGACUCUGCAGUGGCAGCGCUGCUUCGUCACCUUGUCCACAGCCACGUUUGGCUCUGCAAUCAUCACUGUCACAGUGGAUUACUUUAUAGAGCUCUUUGCUUUAGUGAACUAUAUCUAUGAGAGACUCAAGGUGGCACCAAAGAAGCCAUUGUGCUGGUUUACAUGGGUCAUCAUGGGGGUCUGGCCUGUCCUGGCCCUCCUUGGAGUACUGAUCCAAUGGAAAGUGACUGCUGAGGGAUUUUCCCACACAGAGGUGGUUCUUAGUCGACAACAGAGGAAGAUCCAACUCAUGCGGCUCAAGCAAAGGGAAGAGAAGCUGAAAAAAGAAAAGGAGAACAAGAAAAAGAAGAAGCGACAGAACCAGAAGAACGUUUUUAAGCAAAAAUCUCACACCCAUCACCACCACCAGCAGUACCACCACCCAACAGCAUCCCAUCUUCAUCACCAAAAUCAGAGCUCUCAGCCUCCUAAAGUCCCUCCACUUCCAUCGCAGACAGAGCCUGGCUACCAUCGCAAGCCGAAUCCAAAGAAACGUUUUGACGGAGAUGUGCUGUCACCGAGCUACAUCAGGAGUUUCAGAGACAGACACACGGACAAACGGGUUUACUCGCACAGUCGGAUCAGUCGAUCUCGGAUGGCCGAUCUGGACUACGACUGUGGCUCUCAAGUGCCCCUCACCACGUCCAGUGGACCUGCAGUUCGCAUCUGAGGCAGUGAAGUCUCUAAAUCCAAACACAAGCACACAAUUCCAGCUUACUUCAAACCCUAACCCUACUACGCUAAUAUAUUCCAAUGCCUGUUAAGCAGCAGGAGCUAAGUUGGUCCUAAUGAGGGUGGGACAUAACCCCCAACGGAUUUCUCCUUCUAGAACUGCUGAAGGUGGUGUUUCUAGUUAUUUGCUCAUUCUGAUUAUAUUUUGUUCUUGGUAAAAACAAAAAGGAAAAUCAGAAUACAAUUCUUUCUUUUUUUUGAAAGCUUGGAUUGUCUGAAUUUUUUUGCUUGCCAUGUUUAUGUUCGGAAUGUCUCUUAAGGAAACACAAAAAAAAUGAACUUGUUUUUGUGUAAUGAAGUGAACUGUUACAGCCCAGUGAAGCCAUUUUCUGUGGAACUUUCUCGGAAGGGAAAAAUGAUCAAAACACCGCACUUCAAAUGUGAACCACACCAUUCCAGAGAAAGAGCUGAUUUGCAUUAUUCCUGAGUAUUGCAACAUUUCAUUUUGUAGCUUUGAAGAAAUGGUAAACUAUAGAAGCAAACGUCUGAAGCUAAGAGGCAGAUCUUCCGUGUUUUACUGCUAAAGUGACAGUUUUAGAGAUGGACCUGCCAGAUUAAAAAAAGAGGGACCCAUUUUUGAAUGGCAUCUAAUUAAACAGAAUUGUUUGAUUUUUAUUUGCACGGCUUUCAUUGUUGCCAUUUUUCAAGGAGAGCUUGUUUACUCCUCAUCACUUUCCUCUGUGUUCCAAUGACUUAAUGUUAUAGUUUCUUUUCCUCCUCGUUAAAGAUUUGUGAGCUGUGAAGGUACAGCACAUGUUGACAUGUCUUCAAGUGCUUUCAUGACCCUUUUCUGCCGGUUAUUUCCACUUUUCCCACGUGGGAUUUAACUACAAAAGGAAUAUUUAGGAGAUUUAUGUGACAAUUUGAAUAUGUUUGAAACAUUAAUAUUUUCCAGUUUGUGUCACAAAGAGAGGGAAUAAAAAGACAACAAAGAGAGAAGAUAAGGGUGUUUAACAAAUGGCGCCCUCUAAUGUUUACUGCUGUCUUUUGAACUACUCGUUUGUGUGCACAAGCAUCAGGGUGUUACUCUCUUUGAAUUUCAAGGAGGUGCAUGCUCCACGAUUUUCUGUGAGACAUCCAACAAAGGGAAUCUGGUUCUGACUUUUUUUUUUGGUCUUUUAUAACAGAAGAAGAACUGUUUUCUACUUGAACAAUGCUGGAAAGGAAAUGUCCUACGUGUGCUCCAUCAAUGCAAAAUAUGACCAUAAUAAGUCACAAAUGGCGUGGCCAAGAAUCAAGAACUCGGGAAUAGUUGUCAUAUUCUACUUCAGGAUGGUCACUUUGUUUGUGUUAUACAUGUACCUUUUGUAUUUUCAGGAUAAAGAGAGAAAAACAAUCCUACUUCAAGUACUGACCCCUUCAUGUACAUGAAGAUUGGUACUUGGACUCGGCAAGACUUGAGAUUCACAGUAUACUUCAUAACUGCAUGAUAAUUCCUGUAUAAGUGUCUAAUGUCUCGUGUCAUGGAUGUCAAGUGCCAAACUCCAACCUGGUUUGGUCUUUUGUCCAUCUUCUCUCUAUUCCCUUUGUUUAGGGGAUUGAAAAAGGCAUGUGUUCUGUCAUCCGCCUACUGUUCUGUGUCUGUACUGUACUAUUCUGAUCACCCAUUGUAGUAAUGGCUGGGCAGCCCUUCUUCUGCAUACACCUCAGCCCUGUUGUGGGUUUUAUUUUUUUAUUUUUAUUUUUUUGGGGGGGGGGGUAUUUUUGCUAUUUUAGCAACAUUUUUGGGAAGGGUGGGGAUAUUUGAAUGUGAUCACUAUCUUUUGUUUGUAAUCUUGGUGCAAAAACUAACAUUUGUUUCAUCCCUGUUGUUUUUUUUUUUUCUUCUGUUAUUUUGUCACUGCCUGCCUAUACACAGUCUUUGUGGUGGAAACUCUUUUGCCUGUAAAUAUUUAGAUGUAAAUAAUCUUUUUAUUGUACAAAUGUUUGGUUUCAUGUUUAUGCUGUGACCAUAACCACUCAUUCAGUUGGUUAUUUUGCAAUGGAAUAGAUCUGUUCCGUUAAAAUUUUACUGUAUGUAUUUCCUUUGGCUGGUUGAAGAGGCACUUCUCAUACUGCUGUUUAAACAUUUGAUUAUAAUAAAAAAUAAAAAUAAAGUAACUGAA